AUGCCUUUGGCGAGUAGUCGUCACGCCUCGCAGAAGCGAGCCGAAGCAGUCGCGGCCGAGAAGAAGGAACGUGAGCGUCGUCAACGCCUUUCGCUGCCGGCAUCGAUCAAAAGCACUACUCACGUGAACGAAGCCAAAGCCAAACGCCGGCUGUCUCGUCGUUUGUCGGCACACUUAACUAUUUCCUCCAAAGAAAAUGGCGCGCCCAACAAAAAAAGUAACGCUGCUUCGCCGGAAUCACCGCGCUUGGGGCCGACGCCAUACUACAAAAUCGUGGAAGAGCGUGGGGGUCAAAAGUCCCCUCCGUUGACGCGCUCUCACAAGAAAGAGUCACGAAAAGAUCCGACGGAAUUUCGUGGAGGCGGUAUGGUUCUCAACUUCUCACCUCCAAAUCAAGAGGAGAAUGCUCGCCGCGAACUGGCGCGUAUGGAUGCUUCUGAACGGGAAAGAGCUCGCCGUAUACGUCAAGCUCGCAAAAACGGACAGCUUUUGGUCUUUUCACCAAGCAACCGACCAAUUGACCUAGAGGAUGACCGAACGACGUCAAAGUCAUCCCUGGAUCCGUCCCCUUCUGGCCAGGAACUCAACAUGGAUGACAAUAAUUCCACAGCUGCUUCAGCUAUGACUGAAUCACAUAAUAUGGCAUCAAUCAUCAACGAGCAAAUGAUGAAUGAAAUGAAAGGACUGAAGCAGGAUAUGCAGGUAUUGCUCCAGUCCAAAAAUUCUCAGUCAGAAGAACAUUUGAAUAAGACCGCUCUCCAAAAAGAACAGCUUCGCACCGAAAUGAUGGCAGAAGCUAACAGAAAACUUGAGAAAGCUAACGAAAGUAUCCAGCUUGAGGUCAAAGAUCUGACUAUGCGAUUGGAAACCGAGAAAAGUACAUAUUUGGUCGACACGACUCGGCUACAGUCUCAGUUGGACGCAGCAUAUUCCGACUCCACUAAAAGAGUAAAGUCGCUUGAGACCGAGAGAGAUAAAUUGGAAGCCAUGCUUUUGACGCUUCAAUCGGAGAAGCUUGAGCUGGUCAAAUGUACCACAAAGCUCGAGAACGAAGCUGCGGCUUCGGUUAGCAAGCUCCAUGAAGCCAAGGAUAUGCUGGAUGCUUUGCGUCAACAAAAUGCGUCGGAGAAAGAGUCACUCUUGGAAGACACUAGACGUUUGGAGCAAGUCAAUGCAUGUUUGUCGCGUGAAAUGGAUUCAGUCAAAAAGGGCCGUGAUAGGCUAGAGCACACAAUUGCUGCCUACGAAAAAAAGAUUUAUGACCUAGAACACUGUCUUCUGCCCGAAUCCGAGUCUCGACGAGAAGAUGCGUUGCACCAACUCGCUGAACGCGAAGAGCAGAUCCUGGCGUUGCAAUUGGAAUUGCAAAAAUUUGAAGUUGAGGUUGCGAAACUCAAGAGUGACAUUGGAAAGCUGCGUCUGGACAAUGAGAAAGAGCGGAAUAGCUUCCAGCUUCUAAAUGAAGACAGCUGCAAGGCUUAUGAGCGCAUGCGCGAAGAAAUAGGUCAAAAGGAUAGUAAAAUCGGGGAGCUAUUUAAGCAGCUCGGAGACAUGCAGCAACAGCUGGAUAGAGAAAUAUGCAAGUCUGACGAACUGUCCGAUGACCUUCAAAAGGCGAAAGAAACCAUGGAAAAGAGCUCACACGAACUCAACAGCGCAUUAAAAGAAACCGUUAAUCGACUAGAGGAAUCGGAGCAAGAAAAAGUGUCGCUACGUAUCAAACUGACUGAUGCAUUGGAGCAUAUUGAGUCUGCUGGGGCCGCCAAAAUUGAGGCUGAGUCAAAAACAUCCGAAACAGCAAGUGCGCUAGCCGAACUGGAGGAAGCUUUGAAGGAGGAACGAGAAAGUGCUAUGCUUGCGCGGACGCGAGCGGAAGAAGCCACAUCCCGUGCUGAGCAGAUGGAGAAAGAGACUCGCGAGCGCCUAUUGCAUGUGCAGGAGCUGGAAAAAGAACUCAAGGUUACUGUCGAGGAACGUGAUGACGCACG